GUUGAAAUGAAGUGUUGUUCAGUGGAGACUGUCUAAGACAUGUGUACCGGGUUUAUCAAAACACUCGUAGUCCAGUUCAAGUCUAGGGAGGUCUAGCAAUGGAUAACAGAUUUGACAACCCUGUGUUCGAAAACGAAGACGACGAAGUUAAAGAGCCCAAAAACGAACCAAUCACAGAGCGGGUAUCGCCACAUAGUACGUCAGAGACGAAUUUACAUAAAUAUUCAUUAGGCUAUGAGGAAUGCUCUGCAAGUCAACCAAUCACAUUUAAACGUCACAAGUUUUGUUGCUUCAUCUUUGUAAUCGUAAUCGUAAUAGUGGUAGUGAUUGGCGUUGCUGUCGCCAUUUGUUUUACAGUUUUUAUAUCAAGUGGCGGUUUAUCCCAACCGUCUACGUCAUUAGGGGACACUUCGCAAGUCGAAUCUGGGACUGCAAAUAUAUCUAUAUAUUCCGGGGAGUUCCAAGUCCAAACUAUAGGCGGAGAGAGGGCACUGUAUAUAACAGAGUACGAUAACCGAUCAUCAGAGCAGCGCUUAAAUUUACUUCGAAAGGCGGACGAAGAGUUAAAUUCACUGUUCUACGGUAGCACGUUGUCCGAUCAUUAUCUAACUUGUCAGGUUACUAAUAUCAGAAACGGAAGUAUCGUGAUAGAUUUUAAAAUUUACUUCCGGUAUUCGAGUACUUUAUCUGGUAGCGCAGUUGAGGGCGUCCUUUCAACGUGGGUAAUCUUUCUUCAAGACAGCAAUGAAACAAACAACCUACUGCACGGAGUAGACGUGAGUUCUAUAACAAUUCGUAAUGAUAUGCAUGAAUCCCAUGAGACAACAACUCCACAAGAACACACAUCAGAAAUCACACCGAAUCCAGUAAAAUCCACGCCGCUUCCGCUACAGUCAACUUCAAGUUCGCAAACUGUUUCACCGUUGGCGUCGUCGUCCUCAACGCCGUCAAGGAGGGGGUACGAGAGUACAAUGCUAAAAGUAUCAACAUUCUUUUCAACAAAUGCUUUAUCUUCCUCUGCAACAUCAACAGUGUCAUAUAUAGAAUGCGGCUAUAUGCCCGCAAUGGAAGCAGCACCGUCAGACAGAAUUGUGGGAGGUUCGACCGCGGUAUCCGGUAGCUGGCCGUGGUUAGCCUCAAUUGGCAACCCUGGUAGUGGGCCAUUCUGUGGUGGCACACUCGUAAACAGACGAUGGGUUAUGACGGCGGCACACUGCUUUGAAAAUGAGAGCGUUGAUGACAUGUACGUCGCUGUGGGAGCUAUCAACAGUUUUCCGACAGGAGAGGAACCCUAUCGAGUCGAUGUUGGAGUAGAAGCGUUUUACACUCACCCAUUAUAUGAAGACAGUGGUCACGAUUAUGAUAUUGGUUUGAUUAAAUUGUCUCGCGACUUGGAGAUCAACGAUUACGUAUUUCCAGCUUGUCUGUCAUCACGUGGCCACACUGGCGUCGAGCCCGGUACGAUGUGCCGCAUUGCGGGAUGGGGCGCCAUACGGGAGGACGGUAUAUAUGCUCCAUCUCUUCGUGAAGCCCAAGUACCGAUCAUCUCACACUCUGAUUGUCAACAGUACUUCGACUCACCUCAGUAUAACGACCAGAUAACGCAAAGAAUGAUAUGUGCUGGUUAUGAAAACGGCGGCAUCGACGCAUGCGAGGGCGACAGCGGUGGUCCAUUGAUUUGUCAGUUUGAAGACGAUAGAUGGUACCUAUUCGGAAUAGUGAGUUGGGGUUAUGGAUGCGCCCGGCCACAACUGCCUGGCGUUUACUCGAAAGUCGACGAAUUUCACGAUUUCUUUGAACCGUAUCUUGAACUCUAAACUUAAUCAAAUGUAUAGAUGUACAGUUUGUAUAUAAAUAGAUUUAUUUAUUAUUGCCAAUAAUAUUUUUAGGAAACAUAAUCUAUAUUAUUUCAUAGUUUGAAUCAUGUAUGUGUCGGACCACGUACGCAGUAACUUUAACAUCAUGUGACCAAUGAACUAGAGCA